AUGAAUCACCAUUCUGGGUCUCAAUCACCACCUCUUCCAAACCUCCAUACUCUGUCCAUCUCGCCGUAUCCUUCUGCACAAUCAGCUGGCGUACAUGAUUACAGGUAUAAUGGUGUGUUUGGACCUCCUGGGCAAGGGAUGAUGCCGACUUCUGCGGGAAGUUCUGGCGGCGGCGGCGGCGGCGGUGGUGGCGGAUGGAGUCCGAACAAACGUGGAUCGAGGUCAGGCUUGCCAACUAGCUGGUACGAUGUGCCGUCCUCUCGCGAAUCACCGAUUCCUCACUCUACAUUUGACCCAUAUCGUCGAGGCGAUGCGUCCUCACCUCCUGUCCCUGCUCUUUCUCCACCAUCCUCGACUCAAUCAGGGCCAACAUCCUCGAGUAAUAUAUAUCAGCCUUAUCCUCAACCCAUGCCUCAAUCAUACCCUCCCGAUCCAUCCUCUUACGCCUCGAUGGCCGUCACGCCGUCCCCUCCGCCCCUGUCCUCCUCUUCUCAGCUCGGUAUUCCAUCGUUGAAUCACAUGCAACCCAUGGGUGGAUUCGGUCUAUCAGGAUCAGGAUCCCCGUCGACUCUGGCAGGUCCCAAUGCUGGCUACAUGAAUGUGAUGCCUCCCUUUGGAUCCCAAAACAUCGUCCCUCCACAACCACAACAACCUUCACGUUCUAAUGGCGUGUGGAGUUCUCGAAACGGAUUCGGACUCCCGAUGCCUGAAGACGAUGUCAUUCCUACCGCCAUUGUCAUUAAGAAUAUUCCAUUCGCUGUCCCUCGAGAAUCUCUCCUUGGCGUGAUGGAAUCUCUCGGUGCACCUUUACCCUACGCUUUCAACUAUCACCAUGACAAUGGCGUCUUCCGUGGUCUGGCUUUCGCAAACUUUCGAGCGCCGGACGAAGCGGCCGCCGUGGUCGCUGCGUUGAACGGAUACGAUGUACAGGGACGCAAGCUCCGAGUGGAGUACAAAAAAGUCUUGCAGCCGGGAGAAAAGGACAAGAUUGAAAGGGAAAAGGCGCUGAAGAGGAUGAGAUCGAUUCAAUUCGAUUCCAAAGACAUGCCACCGCCUCUCAAUAUCCCCUCGACCCAUCGAGCCAACGGUCGUCAUUCGGCUGAUAUCGAGCCCCAAUAUUCACCUCCUCACUCGGCCGCGUCAUCUGGCAAUUCAUCCGAUCUUCCCGUCGCUUUGGACCUCAAUGACCCCAGUGCCCUCGACAUUUACUCGAGGGUCCUCGUGUUCAAAGAAGACAGGAUGAGGGAUGAAUUGGCCUUUUCACGAUCUCUCACUCCGACCGAGCGUCGGAUCGUCCACCUCGUUGCUCAAAAAUUGGGUCUACUGAGCGUCACGAGGGGAAGUGAGGGCGAGACAAAGUACGUCGUGGUCACUCGAGAUCCUCUGCCUCGACCACCAUUCGCUUCGUCAUCCUCUGCGACCGUCACUUCCAGUGCCUAUCUGUCGCCUUACUCGAGUACGAAUCAAGAAUCUCUCUCUCCGAGCCUACGGAUCAAGAAAUCCAUGCCGGAUCUACGAGGUUUCAAUGGACCCGUUGUGGCUCGUGAUCCCGCUCGAUCACUUACCCCUCAACGAUCCUCUGGCAAUCUUCGCGGAGGGAUGAAUGGAGGAGGUUAUGGUGAUGCAGGAUCGAGAGAAUAUGUCAGUAUGGGUGCAGCGGCUGGACGUCGAAUCAAUGGGAUGGGAAGCGGAUUGGGGAGCGGGACAUUCAACUCGUUUUUCGGUUCACCUAUCGAUUCUAUUCCUCCUGUUCCACCUCUUCCUGCUGGUCUAGGUCUAUCGACAUCGUCAAGCGGUGGUGCUAGUGGUGGUGGUGGGGGUGGUGGUGGGAUCGGCUCGGCUUCACAUUCUCCCAACCCUCUCGCUAGUCCUACCGCCAAUAUGACCCUGCAUCAUUCGAAAUCGUCCUUAUCCGCCAUGAGCGCCAAUGGCAUCAAUGGUACCGGAGGUGGAAUGUACGGAAGCUCGGGGAUAUCCAUCACUUCCGGUUCGCCGGAUUCGCAAGAUCUCUCCAAUGCCGCUCCAUUACGAAACCCUCGAGGUCCAGCAGGUGAAGGAAGAGGUUUCGGAGGGUUGAGAGGUAGCGCAAGUGGAAUUUUGAAAGGUUCGAAUGGGAUGAUCAUGAAUGGCUCAGCGUCGACGAACUCUGGAGGAGGAGGAGGAGAAUUGUCAACGCAUGGACACUCACAUGGACAUGGACACGGGCAUGCGAAUGGCCUAGGACCGAUAGGCUCAAAGCGAGUUUAUGAGGAUCUUGAUCAGGAUUCAGCGGGCGGAGGAGGUAUGGGUCAAGAUGAUGGAGUCGAAAUGGCAAGGACGAGGGAGAGUUUGGACCUGUGA